AUGACUAGCGUGUUACAAGACGCCAAGCUUUUCAGAAACUCGAACGGAAACUUCAGCCCAGCUGACGUCAGUGAACUUGAGGUCGGUUUUAUGACUUGAUUAUAUGAAAGUUACAGGUUUUACUCUUAAAAGUACAAUAUGUGAUCUUAAAAAACAGUAAAAAGGUUUUUGGUAAAAUAAGCGUCUUUAAGUGGGUUCGAUAACAAAAAAAGAUGAUUUAUGACUUGUUUCAUUACUUUUUUAAUCAAGAAGCUCGUAAAAAUUAUCACAGCUUCUGUUGCCUUUAGAACUGACAAACAUAUACAACUUUAAGUCGAAUAGUAAGCGAAGAAGCACCCUGUUAAGUGCCAACUGAAAAGAACGUUAUUUUAGGGUAAAGAUGUGAUUGCAUUUUACUUCUCGGCUCACUGGUGCCCUCCAUGUCGCGCCUUUACCCCUGAGUUGAAGGAAUUUUACAACGAGGCCAACAAAGAGGAUGCCACUUUUGAGAUCGUGUUUAUGUCAUUCGAUCGAUCAAAAGAAGACUGCCACAAGUACUUGAAGGAAGCCCACGGUAACUGGCUCUUCAUAGAAGCCGAAGACCCCAAGAUUGAGUAAGUACAGGUCAAGGAUUUUUAAAAAUCUCUGUGUACUAUAACUUUGUUUUCCAAUUCACGUUUUGACCAAUGUAUUGCAAAACCUGAGUUUAUUUUCCAAACAUGACAAUAUAAUACCACAACGUUAUGACUGUUGGAACUGUCGUGAUAAAACAGCCAACAGUUUUUAAAUUUUAAUUUGAAAAACAACCAAACCCGUUUCAGAGAACUGGCCACCAAAUAUGGAGUAGAAGGUAUUCCAGCCCUGAUUUUGGUAAACAAGAACGGAGAAAAAGUUCACGAGGCUCGAGCUGACGUUUCCGUAAGUCAUCUUAAGGAAAUUUUGUUUUAAGUGAUCGCCAAAACCGUUCUUUGAAGUGAUCGUUUAGAAAAUGUCAUAAGAGAGAAAACGUUGUUUAGGGGAUCUAAUAAUAUUACUCAUUACAGGGUGUUCCUCCCCGCGUGGCUCUUUCGCAAUGGAUCGAAAAGACCCGGUGA